GCAUGCUCGUUUGUGGUAAUUCAGUAAGGAUUAAGUAAAUAUAAUGAUAUUGAAAGUGGACCUAUUUUUUGGUUUCUGUGUUUUUUCCGUAAAUUCUGCUUUCAAUAUUACUACGGGAAAUAGAGAGCGGAAAUCCCUACGUGAACACGGAAUUAAUACUCGAGAUUCAAUGUCAACAUAUUUCAAGGUCAAACCCUGUGAAGAAACGUUUAUGGACUUAGUUAGCAAUAGUUUUGGUAGUGUAUCUCAGUUCUAUCGAGUGCAUUUUGGAAGAGAGAAAAUAUAUCUGAUAGAAAAUCCAGAAUCAGUUCUAGAUAUAGACAACACAACCUGGCCAACAUAUCAUUGUGACCAUAACGUUCCCUAUUGGGUUUCUUGGACUAAUGGAACCCUCGAAGCGGGAGUAGGUAUCUGCAUUGGACAUGACAAGUUCAACAGGGACUGGACUAGGAGACAUAAUAUUUAUACUGAUGUAACUGAUAUUUCAGUAAUGUCCUAUAUUACUGCACACUGGCUAUUUUAUAUUCCGAAAAAUACAAAAUCAGCUUGUGCACCGGAUGAAUUAGAUAUUGGUUCCGGAUCCGGUCCAACAAUAAUAAGAACAACUAAAACAACAACACCAGAAUUUGCUCCAACAACAAUAAGCUCAACCGAUACAGGAACUUCAGAAUUUGCUCCAACAACAAUAAGCUCAACCGAUACAGCAACUUCAGAAUUUGCCCCAACAACAAUAAGCUCAACCGAUACAACAACACCACAAUUAGACCUGACAGGAAUAAGCACAGCAGAAACAACUACACCAGGAUUUUAUCCGACAACAAAAAGCUCAACCGAAACAACAACACCAGAAUUAGAUCUGACAGGAAUAAGCACAGCAGAAACAAAAACACCAGAAUUUGAUCCGACAACAAAAAGCUCAACCGAAACAACAACACCAGAAUUAGAUCUGACAGGAAUAAGCACAACAGAAACAACUACACCAAUAUUUGAUCCGACAAAAAAAAGCUCAACCGAUACAACAACACCAGAAUUAGAUCUGACAGGAAUAAGCUCAACCGAUACAACAACACCAGAAUUAGAUCUGACAGGAAUAAGCUCAACCGAUACAACAACACCAGAAUUAGAUCUGACAGGAAUAAGCUCAACCGAUACAACAACACCAGAAUUAGAUCUGACAGGAAUACGCAAAACAGAAACAACUACAUCAGGAUUUGAUCAGACAAGAAGAAGCUCUACCAUCAGCACGUCAACAACAACAACCAGAACAACACCAAUUGAUAAACCAACAGAACGUUCACCAACCAAAACUCCGUGCACAUGUCCAUGUAACAACUUCACCAUGACCGAGGAUGAACUCAUCAGAAAGAUUGCACUGUUAAAAUUAGAAUUGGCUGUAGAUAGGAAACAAACUAACAAGUACAAACGAUCCCUUACAUCAGCAUCAGAUGACAGGCCAUCCUCAAAGUACAUCGGCACCAUUGGUAUUGUUGUUUUAGUGGUGAUUUGCACCUUAAUUGUUUUGAUGGACCUUCAACACUGUGCUUGCUUCAUGUUUCACAAAAAGAAAUAA